CAUGCUACAAGAAGUGUGUUCCCCCUCUCUCCCGGUCCCCUGCUUUUCGUUACUCUUUAGAGGUGGCCUGGCCCUGCGGGGAGUAUAGACCUCUCCGGUCUCCGGUUUCCGGUGCAGUUGAUCCUCGGGACUCGGAUUUCUGUGACAGAAAUCAACGCGUCCGGGGCUCGCCGAGGUGGAUGAGAGCACACACACUACUUUUCUUCUUCUUCUUUUUUCCACGGGGACUUUCCCUAAAAGCUUUUUUUUUAAAGAUGUGAAGAGCUUGCACAUUUCUCUCUCCCCCAGCUGAUCCACACGACAACACCGCACAGGACCGCGGGUAUUGGAUGGUGAGACCGACGCGCGCACGCGCCACCUCGAACCUCUUGGACACGUUUAACGGAUCACCCCUCCUCCCUCCUCCCUCCUCGCGCAUCGCAGCCGCUUUUUUUGUGGUUCCUAUCCUCACUUGUUCCUUGUGAAAUAUGCGCCGGUCGGCGAGAGAGCGGCAGCGCCAAGACGAUGUGGCUUUUGCGCAAAUCCUGCGUCGGUCCGAACUGACUCGACGUGUUCUACCUGGACGCUUGCGGAUGAUUUUGCGCGUUUGAACUCUCCUGGACCCCCACCCACCCCACCUCGCGCGCAUGAAGACUACAGGACUCGGAUGUUGAAAAUACCAAAGCUGAACACUGAAUACUUUACUCAAGACGUCCAGUGAAGAUGGGUCCUACGUGUUUAACUUGUGCGUCGUUAGAUUGGCGUCCAGUCUGAUCAACAUCAUCAGCGAUGUAGUCAGCGUGGUCAUCUGCGUGCUCAUCAUUUGCAGUAAAUACUCACAUCAGCUCCGACGGGAGACCAUGAAGAUGAUCCUGCUGCGCAAAUUCCGCGUGUUGAUCCUCAUGGUGUUCCUCAUCGCGUGCUCCAUGCACAUCAUGAUCGACUUGUUACCGAAGCUGGAGAGGCACGGUAACGGUAACGGCGGCGGCGGCUGCUCGUGCGCCCACACGCCGAGCGAGGAGCCCCAGAGCUGGGCGAAGCAGGGCUGGCCCAACAAGCACACGCUGCGAAUCCUCCAGGACUUCAGCAACGAGCCCAGCUCCAACGUGUCCUCCUCCCACUCCCUGGAAGGAAGGGUCCCGGCCACGGCGGACAAGACGCACACGCUCCGCAGGCUCGAGCAUCUCAGCCAACGCGCGGACCGGAAGAGGCAGUUCAUGCAGGACGCCGCGGUGACCAGACACCUGUCGCUCCAGGGUUCGAGGCUCUCGGCUCUCUACGACCACCCCUUGUAUAAGAGGACCCUGCCGCCUCUGACGGACGAGGACACGCUGUUCAACGUCAACACGGACAUCCGGUUUGACCCCAAAGUCGCAGAGGACCAGGCGUGGAAUAACGAUGGCGGCAACCCGGAGGAGUUCAGUCCAACCGGGGAGCUGACGGACGACUCCUACCCCAACUGGCUCCGCUUUCACAUUGGGAUUAACCGAUACGAGCUGUACUCCAGGCACAACCCGGUCAUCGACGCCCUGCUCAAGGACCUGGUCGCCCAGAAGAUCACCAGCGUCGCAAUGAAGUCCGGAGGCACUCAGCUGAAGCUCAUCAUGACCUUCCAGAACUACGGCCAGGCUCUCUUCAAACCCAUGAAGCAAACCCGGGAGCAGGAGACCCCGCCCGACUUCUUCUAUUUCUCUGACUUUGAGAGACACAACGCGGAGAUCGCCGCCUUCCACCUGGACAAGAUCUUGGACUUUCGCCGCGUCCCCCCCGUGGCCGGCCGACUCCUCAACAUGACGAAAGAGAUACGAGACGUCACGCAGGACAAGAAGCUCUGGAGGACCUUCUUCAUUUCACCAGCCAACAACGUGUGUUUCUACGGCGAGUGCUCGUACUAUUGCUCCACGGAGCACGCCGUGUGCGGCAAACCGGACCAGAUCGAAGGAUCCCUGGCGGCCUUCCUCCCGGACCUGGCGCUCGCCAAGCGCAAGACCUGGAGGAACCCGUGGAGACGCUCCUACCACAAGCGCAAGAAGGCAGAAUGGGAGGUGGACCCGGACUACUGCGAGGAGGUCAAACAGACUCCGCCCUACGACGGCGGCACCCGGCUGCUGGACAUCAUGGACAUGACCGUCUUUGACUUCCUCAUGGGGAACAUGGAUCGCCACCAUUACGAGACGUUCGAGAAGUUCGGAAACGAGACCGUCAUCAUCCACCUGGACAACGGCCGAGGCUUUGGGAAGCACUCCCACGACGAGGUGUCCAUCCUGGUGCCGCUGACCCAGUGCUGCAGGGUCAGGAAGUCGACCCACUUGCGUCUGCAGCUGCUGGCGAAGGAGGAGUACAAGCUGUCCACGCUCAUGGCCGAGUCCCUGGCGAGGGAGCGCCUCAGUCCCAUCCUCAUCCAGCCGCACCUGGACGCCAUGGACCGCCGGCUACGCCUGGCGCUCAACGCGCUGACUGAAUGCAUCGAAAAGGAGGGCUACAGCUACGUGGUGGAGGACGACCUCCAGGGGUACCAGGGCACGGACCACGCCCACAAUGGCCCCCGGCGGAGGUAGCUGUUCGGGGUAGGGCCGACUCCCCCUGGAGAUAGGAGACGGAGUCUUUCUCUUUAAAACUGAACCGGCGACCUGUAAGGCAGGUGAGCUCCAUCGGUGCCGAGUUCCUCAGAUGGGCCUCGGAUCUUUUUUCUUUUUUUUGUUGCUUUUUUUGCCGAACUUUCAGGUAAAGCCUGUCUGCCUGAGGUUAUGUUGUGGUGAUACGAGCUGUCUGGACAUGGGCGCCUGCUGGAUGGGACCGGACCGCGACAAAACGAGUGCAAUGACUUUAAAACUGCACGGAUGCUCCAAGGUGACGGAUCUCGGGCGCCGGUUAACAAACUGAAACUGAAAACUGAAAACCAACCCCCCUCCCCCCACUCACCGCUCACCGAAAGUCUGGCAAGAGACGCUUUCUCUCUCUCUCUGUCUUGUUCAGGACCUUUUUUUGAAUUCAGUGAAUUCUGAGAGACUUGUAAAGAACCUCCCCCCCCCCCCGCCCACACACACCUCCCCUCCCUCCUCCCCUCACAAGCUGAAUUAUGUGUUUAUACGUAUUGUUGGUAUUGCAGGUGUUUGGGUUGAACACUCACGCUGGAGGAGGAAGUCGAGGUGGACUCCCGGUGUCUUAAUGAUCAAAAUUAGGUUUUAUUACAUUGUCUAAUUCUUUCCUUAUUUGAUUGUUGCUGAGUUGAUUCAGCUUUUUAUCAUUUGGUAUUCGAGAUGGAGAUAUUUCUGAUGGGAGUGCAGGUUUACUCCUGGAUUUUGUCUUUUAAUUUUUUAGUUCCCAUAAAUGUUUAUUGUACUUGAGAGAGUAUUUAUUGAAGUUGAUAUUUAUUAUUUGAAAGGGAUACUAAUCGGUUUAUGUUAAUAAUGAACUUUUCAUCACAGUGGUGCACUUCCUCAUUUGUCCAGCAGGGGGCAAACUGAGCACGUGCAAAAGUAGCUGCUGGGUCCGUGCCUCUCAGUAAAGUUAACCCUCCAUAUUUCACCCCAUUUCGACUUUAAACUUGGUUACAAAGAUUGGUUGUUAUUAUUAACAUUUAAUCCAGCAACUGUCUCUGUUCUUUUUGUUUUUUUAAGUGCAACAGAUAUUGCGAUUAGUUAUAUGUUACCAAAAGCCAAAUGUGACACUAAUAGUUUUAAAUUAUUGUUUCUUUUGUAAUAUAUUGGAUGUCCAGAUGUUGCUGUCGUGGAGAGAUUCUUUUUUUCGGGGAUGUAUAUUUCAUUCAUUACCAACAGCAGAUAGCUUUUAACUGUUGGCGUCAAUGAUUCAGCAGCGGGCUGAAAAGUUAAUAUAUAAAGUAGGAAAAUCUAGUGCCUGUGCAAUGAUAGAAAUACUUGAAUGUCUGGUUUCAUAUAGCAGAAAGACGUGAACUCCUCCCAGGUACGAGCUUGCGGUAUAUGAGGUCUUCAUAUGUGUGUGUCCAUUGUGUCUGGAUGCGUGGGGGAGUCCAUAGUGAACCUUAAGAUGCUGUUCAAGUGAAAAGGAAAAUUUGUAUUCAACUCAUUGUUUCUGUGGAUUUUUCUUUUUCACCCGUUUCUUGCAUCAUGGUAAAAGUGCAAUAAAACUUAAAUGAGCAGAAUAA